AUGGGUGAGAUUGUGUCUAAUCAGCUGUUCGUAGCUGGAUACAGUCGCAGCAAGGUGUAGGACGAGAAAGAUGUGAGAGAAAUCUUUAGAAAGUAUGGGUCAGUCAAAGAAGUCGCAUACAAGGGCUCCUACUCUUUCAUAACUUUCAGCAAUGAAGAUGAAGCUAAGGAGGCUCUUACAGAAAUGAAUGGGGCCACCUAUAAUGGAUAGAAAUUGAAAGUAGAUGUCGUCGACAAUCGCAAAGGGAGAAGAAAUGGACCUAAUGAGAGUGACGAAUGUUUCAAAUGUGGCAAAGGAGGACACUGGGCCAGAGAUUGUCCCAAAGGCAGAUCCCCUCGCAGAAGCAGAAGAUACUCAAAUUCGAGAUCUAGACAUCACAAAAGAAGAUCUGGCUCAAGAUCACGUUCCUCUUACUCAUCCUCGCGUUCCAGAAGGAGAAACAGAGAUCACAGAAAUAGACGCAGAUAUAGCAACAGUCCCAGGAGAGGCGAAGAAUAAAAAAAGGGAAAUUACAACAAGAGGAGGUCACCUUCAGACUCUUAACAUCAUUCCACGUCUUGAAUAAGCAUGGGCAAAAACAAAUUUUAUUAUUCAACAUUAUUCUAAUUUAAAAAAUAA